UUUUUUUUUUUUUUCUUUUUUCUUUUUCUUUCACUCUUUCUUGAAUGCAAAAACAGUUAUUAUUAUCAAAACAUUUUUUACAAAUUUCUUGGAGAUAUUAUUCUUCUCAUUCGAUUUCUCGUAUUCUUCAACCCUCUACUUCUUCUUCUUAUUGGUCUUUACUGCAAAAUCAAUCAUUCACCUUUAAUGACCAAUCUUCUAAAAGUGCACUUAACGAUCCAUAUUUUAUGCAACAACUCUUUACUACCACUCAUUUAGUUUCUCAUUCUUAUGAUCUAUAUCAAUGUCUAGAUAUGCCAAGUCAAUUAAUAUACCUUGAUUAUCUCAAUAAAAAUGAUGCUCAGACCACUCAACAAUUUUUACAACAACUAUCUCAACUUCCUAGUGGUAUGAAACGGUUAAUUGAUUUUCGGGCCUCCUUAUUAUCCUUAUUACACCAUUAUCCUAACCAACAAUCCACUCUUUCCCCAUUGGAAUCCAAAUUGAAAUCAAUCAUCAAAGAAAAAAGAUCUUCUCUUAUGAUCAAAAGAAUCACUUGGCAACCUUCUGCUACGGAAAUCAUUGAAAAACUUUGCCAAUAUGAAGCUGUUCAUGCAGUGACAAGUUCUCAAGAUAUCAAAAGACGUCUUGCUUCCGAUCGACGAGUAUAUGGUUUGUUUAUGAAAGGAAUGUCAAAUGAACCUUUGGUAUUUGUUCAUGUGGCACUUGUAUCUGAUUUAUCCAAUUCGAUUCAAACCCUUUUAAAUGCACCUAUUCAUACACACUCUUUUCGACAUGCUAUUUGUUAUUCCAUCACCACACAAAAGGGUCUUGGUGGAAUACAUUUAGGAAAUUAUUUGAUCAGAGAAGUCAUCUCUCAAUUACAACACUCAUUCCCUCAUUUGGAUACAUUUGCUACCCUCAGUCCUAUUCCUGGAUUUCGAUCAUGGUUGAUGGAACAUCCUCAACUGAAAAAACGUCUUAUUCAAUUAGGUGGUUUACAUUGGGAAAAGAAUCUUUUCAACAUGCCAAAAACAAGUCCUUUAUCUAUUGAAUUAUUACGUUUAUGCGCAAGAUAUAUUUUAAAAGAAAAACGAUCAAAUAAAGGUGCAUUAGAUCCUGUGGCCAAUUUUCAUCUGCGCAAUGGUGCUUGUGCUCAUCAAUUACAAUGGAUGGGUGAUAUUUCUGAUAAAGGUUUACAAGAAUCCUUUGGUAUCAUGAUCAACUACAAAUAUAUUCCCAACAAGUUAGAUGAUCAUCAUCAACAUUAUAUCAACCAUGGUACGAUUUUCGUCAGUGAACAAGAAAAAUCUUGGUUAUCGGAAUGGCUUGGGUCUGAUGUAGUUAGUAUAGAUUGUAUUCCAUAGAGUUUUAUAUCAACAACUAAUUUACAAUAAUAAUAAUAAUAAAAAAGAUAUCCUUUUAUGAAGC